UUACAACUGAUCAACAUAUUCAUCAAUCUGAUCGCCAAUAUCCCACGGCUGCAUUUCAGGCAUUAACGACGUGGCAGCGUAUGAAUCGGACCCGUGUACGCAUGCUUAGGGCUGGAGAGGAGCGCGGCACAUGCACAUGUACACAUUGUCCUCUCCAAACAACCAUCUGGGAACGGCUGCGCACCGCUUUGCAUUUGCUUAUUUAAAAUAGUUUAAAAACUGCUUUUAUCAAGCAAAGCUGCUCAUUGUAGCUCAGAGUGAAGAAGACGUGCGUGUGAAGACGUUUUAUAAGUAGCUAAGAUGACUGCCAUGACAAUUCAAUGAGAGGAGCGGACGCCAAGUGAAGCAUCCCCCGCUCACUGAAAAGGAAAGAAGGAGCGCUCAAGGUAAAGAGAGGACAGGGAGAAGAAGAAGAAGAAGAGGAGGAGGAGGACGCAGAAGAAGAGGAAGAAAGAAGGGAUAAGAAGAGAGGGAGAGGCAGAGGAGCGAGGGAAGGAGAAGAGGAGAGAAAGUGAAGGAUAAACGGUGGAUGGAGGCGGCUCGGACCGGGGCUACGGAGCGCUCUUCACCGACGAAGAAGAAGAACAGCAGCAGCAGCAGGGGGGAGAGGAGAUGGAGGCAAAAGGCAGAAACAUGCCCCCAGAUAUUAGUUUCCUUCCCCGCCCAGCGAUGGUGUGGUGUGAGCGGGGCAUCCAGGUGCUGCUGACUACUGUGGGAGCAUUCGCGGCCUUCGCCCUGAUGACGGUGGCUAUCGGUACAGACUACUGGCUGUACGCCCGCGCCUUCAUCUGCAACAGCACAGCCAACUCCUCCCAGGAGGACUCCAACAAUAAAGAUAAGAAAGACCCUGGGGCACUCACCCACUCCGGCCUCUGGAGGAUCUGCUGCCUGGAAGGCUUGAAGCGAGGUGUGUGUUCCCAGAUCAACCAUUUCCCAGACGACGCAGACUACGACCAAGAUGCUGCAGAGUAUCUGCUGCGUGUGGUGCGAGCCUCCAGCAUCUUCCCCAUCCUCAGCGCCAUACUGCUCCUGCUGGGUGGAGUCUGUGUCGCUUCCAGCGGCUUCUACAAGAGCAAAAGAAACAUAAUUCUCGGAGGAGGGAUUCUCUUUGUAGCUGCAGGCCUCAGCAACAUUAUUGGAGUGAUCGUGUACAUCUCAGCAGCACUGAGCGACAUCUCCCCCAAGAAAGAUGAGGACAAGAAGUGGCACUAUUCCUACGGCUGGUCCUUCUACUUUGGCGGCCUGUCCUUCAUCCUGGCCGAGAUGGUGGGUGUCCUCGCUGUUAACAUCUACAUCGAGAAGAACAAGGAGCUGCGCUGCCGCUCUCGCACCGACCUCUUCAAGAGCACCACGCACGCCAUGCUGCGACUGCCCAGCUACCGUUUCAGACGGCGCUCUCGUUCCAGCUCACGCUCCACCGACCCGCCGCACUCGCAGGAGACCUCGCCCAUUGGUGCCUCCAAGACCUUCAGCCUGCCACCCUCUGCCCCACCCUUCUCUGUGGCCACCCUGCCCAACCCACACCACACCAGCAGCGGUGGAAGUGGAGGAGGCGGCGACAUCUCCAUGUACACCCUAUCAAGGGACUCCAAGCUGGGCAGCCUGGGAGGCGGUGCCCCACCUCUCUACGGCACGGUGGACCGCGCCACGCUGUACCAGCUGCACAACUACUUCCCAAAAGAUUCCAGCAGCAGUGGCGGAGGAGGAGGAGCAGUGAUAAGCAGCGGUACACUCCCAUCUCACUCCAAGUCCAACUUGGCAGCAGCAGCGGCUGUAGCCCAGAAUUCAGCACCGCUGAAUACAUCCACAUCAGCCACCACACCAGCCCAGCCAGCUCCAAUAUCUACAGCCACCAUGGAGCGAGACAGGGACAGGGACAGGGACAGGGAUAGGGGCAAUGUGGGAACCCUGGACCGACUGACGGCCAAGAGGGACAGGGAUAGCAACUCAGAUACACUUAAUAGGAAAACUACACCAGUUUAAAAUUAAACCUCAGAGAGUAGCGAGAGAUGAUAAAGAGAGAGUGUUGAAACAAAAGACAGGUCGAAUUGAAUUUAGAGAGACGUUAGAGAUGUCUGAGUUGAAAGAGAGGAAGAGUAGGGCUGAAAAUGUGUUGGUGACACUUCAAUGGUAAUGUUUCUGUCCUUGAGCCUGGGGUAUCUAGCUGCCAUAAUUACUUACCAAUAUCAUAAACAGUCAUAAAACACCUGAUAUUAUGUGCAAAUUCAUGACAACUGCCUUAAAAUGGUCAUGACUUUAGCUUCAAAACCUUGUUUGUAAGUUGAUUAUACAGCAAUGGUGCAGUGGAGGCUUCAGCACAAGCAAUUAUUUUUUUUCUUUUUAUUUCAGCAUCACUCCAUUUCACACUGUUGACCCGAAUCCUACACAUACAACUGGGAGCUUCCCAGUUAAACCAGCCUCCCGGUGCAGUAGUUGGGGGUUAAGUGCCUUGCUGAGGGAGAGGGGAGCUCAGUAGUUAUUUACUCUCCCCUUCCACAUUUUGUCAGCUGCUAUGGGAAUUUAAACUGAAACUUUAACAAGAAGAACCGACUAAGCUUUGAUUUUGUGAUUUGUAAGUCACAAGACCUUUCACUUAAAACUCAACUGGUUUAAAAGUGAAAGUUUUUACACAUCUCGGCAUCCAGUUUGAACUUGAACUUGAGGCGUCUUUUUACCUGCAAACCACCAAACCAAUGCUUUCUGGUCUUUAAAAACAUUAUAAAUAAGUGACCAGAUGGUGUAAGCCACAGUUCUGUUCACAUUUCUGUUUUAAAAAGGACAGAGAGCCACAGACGGGUACAUUCAGCCAAGUAACAAGCUGCUCAGUGACGAGUUGACUGUCAAUUCAUGGUCAACAGUAGCUACUUAACCUCUGGUCCUAAGAGAGUGACCUCAGCCAUAUCUAACCUACUGACACACACACAAACACACACACACAUACGCACAAGAAGAGGCUGACACACUGUGAGCCUAUUUAUUUUUCAUUGUGUGUCAAAGGUAAUUACAGUGACAGAUGGGCAUUCUCCACAGUCCUAGAGAACAGCAUAGCCAUACACUUAAAGCUUCACGCCUCCUUUCCACCACUGCCAGUUGUCACAAUUUGGUUAAUCACUGCAACAAAUGUCCAUCUGACCAAGUAACUUCAUCUGACUUUAAAUUUCUAGAGUUGAUGUUCAAAUGUGUGAAAUAUUUUCGGAAUUGUGGCUAAAUGGACGUAGACUGCUUCUUGUUUAAGGAAAAUGUCAUUGGUUUAUAGCCAGUUUGCAAAGUUUGACGCAAACUCUAUAAUGUCUCCCACAUUAUACUACGGCCAUCCAUCCAUCGCCACAACCCCAAAAAAUAAUUUUGAAGCUCGUAAACUGCAUCUCUAUUUGUAAGCAGGUAAAAAUGACAAUAGUUGAGGUUUCUAGGAAAAAAUGAUUCAGAAAUGUCAGUAGCUGGCCAAGUAAUUCUUUAAUUAUUGGUAUUGAUCAUCAGCACUUAAAACAGCUUGCUCAUAAAUUAUGCUCAUUUUGUGUCAUCAGAUGUUAGAAAUGUUGCUAAAUGCACCUUCAAAGUCGAUGAAAAGGACUUGUGAAGAUGGACCUUUAUGCACUAUGUGAUGUUUAAUUGCCAAAAUUGAUCCCAGGUUUUGUAUGACUGUUUACGAUGAUAAUUCGAUACCGAAGGCUACAAGGCAGCAUCCAUUGAGUGCUCCUGCAAAGGGCUGCAACCACAGGCAAAGGGGUGGGGGUCAAUUCAGUUUACACUCAGGGGGUGGUGUUUUAGUUAGAACUUAGAUCAAAAGCUAAAAAAUUAAAAUCAUGUGUUACUCCAAUAUAAGAUAUGAACCAUCCUCACUUAUUCUAUAACACAAAAUUGAAGCACAUUAUUUGGUAUCAAAGAAGUUCGUUGAACAAUUAAUCUUAACGGAAUUUCUAAAGAACCAAUCAGAUUUUGAGCGCAGUAUAUCUUUGAGGGUGUUUUUGAAAUGUCGUUGGAGAUAAACUUAAGUGAGGAAAAUUUUCAAAACGCAUGUACUGCAUACAAUUUUAGACUGAAACCUUUCACAUUUCCUAAAUCUGACUAUUAGACUGAUACACUGAAGUCUGAAUGCAUUUCUGGAUCGGCUGCAUUUGCAAAUGAAUCCAAGCCAACCCUGGUUGACGACAAGUUGGAGGAGGGGGGAAGAGAAAAGAGCACAACAGCUAGCUUCAGUCCCCCUUCCCUCCGUCUCUCUUUUAGCUAUAACUAUAUAAUAUUUCACAAACUAGAAUAAUAAAUGUAUUAUUGAGUAUAUUAUCGGUCCAUUCACUUCAAGAAAAGCACAUAAUGUCUGUAAAUGGUAAUCUUUGGGUUGUCUUUUCAUUCUGAGUGAUUGAUCAUCUCUAGGUUACAUGAGAUUGUAACUCCUUGAGUAUUAAUAUCAUGUUGCUGGUGUUUCUAUGAUCGUAAUGGUUAUUGCAGGGUAUUUAUACAUUUUGAAAUCUUUUCUUUUUGUAAUUUUUUUAUAUUCCUUUCAAGGGACAAGGAAUUUUCUUUCUCUUGCUUAUGUACACUAAAGUCAGUGGUGUCACGUGGAAAGCAUGUGCACAAACGUGAGAGGGUGAUAAUGUGUAAAUUCAUCUUUGGAUCAUUUUCAUUAUUUCACUCAUUUUAUUUAUACAGGGAGAGUUGACUGAGCGUGCAUGCUCUUUUUCAGUAACACCCUGCUUCAUCUUAACUCUCACAUUCACACUGGCACUUGCCCAGUAAGACCAGUCUGCGGCUGGUUACUGAGCAGCUUCCCUGGAACACUUGGGGGCCACGUGCCUUCCUUAAGGACACAAUGAUAGUUGCUAAAGAAAGCAAAAAUGUUAUUUCAUUUCCUCCAUCUUGGUUGUUCCACCCAGUCUAAAGACUUCUAGUCCAUUAUUUCUUUCAAAUAUCCCAUUCUUUUAUUUUUACUGUAAAUGUUAUUGUUGCACAUGCAGUUUUUCUUUUAUAUUUCCAUGUAAUUAUUACCUUACUACUUUUGUACUUUUUUCUUUAAUUUUAUGAUUUUUAAAAUGUUUUUCUUUUUCUUUAGUGUUAUUACUUGUAUUCGUAAUUGCAAUUUACUUUGUCUUUUUUCCUAGUUUUGACUAGUCUGACUUUUUAAUAUUCCUCCACUGUUGCUGUUCCAUCAUCAUUUGGUCUUUUUCCGUGCAGACAAUUGAUUUUUUUUACUUUAUAAACAUUACCAACGUAGCCUAAUAAUCAGUGUUUUUUAAUGUUCUGACUAGUGUAUAACUGUAGGCGAUAGAAUUUAUAUUAAUCUAUUUAUUUUCGUGGUGGUAUGUAUAGAUAUUCUUAAUGUUAUAUUGUUUCAGAGUUCCUACACCUGUAACUUUGGGCUAUUAAGGCUUCACGCCUGCCUGUGGCAUAUUGUGAGUAGCCUAAGUGCUGGGAUAAUGGGCUUAAUGUCUUCUGUGUUGGUGUUGUCAGUGGUUUUUACAUGGUAAACAACAAGUGCAACAAAAUACAUCAGCCUCAUGCUUCUGAGAAAUAUGUGAAUUGUUACAAAAUCACUAAUUGAACACCAACACAAAUCCUAAACAUUUUUUGUAAAGUGUUUGUGAGAACUUGGUCAAAAGUGGGCGUUCUGUUCCUUCAUUUUCUAUUCAUAUCCUGAUGUGAAAGCCAUUUUGAAGGCAUCGUAAGUCACCAGCUCCUUUUCCCAACACUAAGGCUACUGACACGAGUCAAACCUGAAACUCUUCAAAUGGAAAACUGGUAUAUUUCCACUCAGCAGACCGAUACAUGUAAAGAACAAUAAGGAAAAGGGGAAGCAAUACAAUAUACCGAUCCUCACUGGAAAAGACAAAAAAUAUAAGGUAUAUAUACAUAUAUAUACAUAUAUAAAUAUAUAGUUAUAUUCAAUAAAGUUCUAUAUGAAAAUGU